UACUUCCAAGUGUCUGUCUGUGGAGAUAAUUAUUUUUGUUAAGGACUCAUUGUUUUCACUUAUUUUUCGCGCAUAUAUUGGUUUACGACUUCGCGCAGUGUUUGUUUUACACAAUUGAACGGAAGGCGAACGCAAUAUCGUAGCACUUCAAUGACCUAUCUUUGCACACAAUCAAAAUGACGUCGAUGUUAUUCUCAAACUACGUCGCCUCUCAACAUCGUUUCGCUUAUUUGGUUCAAGCUUGAUGUGCGUCGUCGUGCGUAUGGUGUUUUGACUGGAGCAAAGUCAGGAAGCCUUACAACUUUGAAGACGUCGAGCGUUACCAGUCUUUUCCAAAAUCAUGUGGCGAUUUUGUUUGAUUUUCCUGAUCACAGAGCAAUGUGUGCUGGUUCGGGUGCUCAGCUCAACGAAAUUCAAUAAUAGUCCUUGUGAGCCGAAGAAAGCCAAAAACGUUGAUGGCGCGGAUGUUGUCAUUGGUGGACUUAUACCGGUGCACGUUAAAGAAAAGCUGAAUCAGCCUGGCCUGAUUUGGGCUGAAGCAAUGAUGUUUGCCAUUGACGAGAUUAAUAAAAAACGCGAUUUGCUUGGGGACAUUAAAUUGGGCUACGACAUUCGCGACUCGUGUAACGACGCACAUCUUGCUUUACAUAGCGCGCUCGAUUUUGUGCUAACACCAAGAGCUGAUGCUUCAUACGAAAAGAAAUUAAGCAACGGGACGAGUUGUUUAUGCAAUAAAAACGCCGAUCACGACAGCAUGCCUCCCGUAGUCGCUGUAGUUGGCGGUGCUACAUCGGGGAUAUCGACAACAGUCUCAACUGUACUGUCAGCAGAUAACAUUCCUCAAAUUAGCUACUCGUCUACGAGUCCUAGUUUGAGCGAUAAGACAAAAUAUCGAAACUUCAUGAGAACGAUACCAUCCGAUGUGUAUCAAGCGGAGGCUAUAGCGGAUAUCUUGGUGAAAUUCAACUGGACGUUCGUUUCAAUUGUGGUUUCGGAAGAAGAGUACGGUCGCAACGGAUUGAUAGCACUGAGAAAAACUCUCAAAGAAAAGAACGUGUGCGUUGCUGUCGAGGCUUCGUUCUCUACAAACAGUUAUGAAAUCGAAAAAGACGUUGAUGUCAUCAUUAGACAAUUACAAAAAGACACCAGACAACGCGUUGUGGUACUAUGGUGUGCACGGCCCGCUGCAGUGCAAUUUUUCAAUAUUGCGACGGGCAGGUUGUUUAAUAUCACAUGGAUAGGGACGGAAUCGUGGGGAGACAGCAAAUAUGUAAGAGAUGAAGUUAAUUUUGAUCUUAUAGGAGGAAUGCUCGGAAUCGUGCCCUAUCUUGCUCAUUAUGGGAAAUUCGAGGAGCACCUGAGAAGCCUUACACCGAGAAGCCGUUCAAAAAAUCCAUGGAUAAAUGAGUACUGGAAGUCGCUUACUAAUAACAAAUGUGCUCAAAUGCCACAUGACUGCUCAGAGGACAAACUACCGAACGCCAUGUCUUUACCUCUGAAUAAAUACACAUAUGUCAUCGACGCUGUGUAUGCGAUUGCACAUGGAAUACAGAGCUUGAAACGAUCACAUCGAAAUCUGAAUGUUUCGCGACUGAACAAGCGCAUGCUUAUGAAACUAAUAAAUCAAAUAAAGACUGCAAAUUUUAAGGCUUUCUCUGCUGAUGGCAACUUCAAUUUCACUGAUAAAGGCGACCCCCACUACGGAGCGUAUUCAAUAAGGAACCUGCAGGGUAAUCGUACGCACAAAAAGUUCGUGACCAUCGCACAAUGGAGCGGGGAAACAUCGAAAUUGGAGUUUGAUGACACCGUGAAGAUUCAAUGGAAUGAGAGAAAGGGCGUUCCUCGCUCAAAAUGUGCAGACGAAUGUCAGCCAGGAUUUGGUUUUGUCGCAUCCGACAGAAAAUGCUGUUGGUCAUGUCCGAAAUGUCAGGCUGGAUAUUACAAGCCAAAGAAAGGUAACGUAGAGUGCAAAGCGUGCGAUGACGGUUUCAUGUCCAACGACGCUAGAACUCAUUGUAUCAAAGUGACCGAGGACUAUCUAAGAUGGAAUUCGCCAUUGUCUAUCUUCGUGAUGGUUUCAUGUUUUAUUGGACUUGUGAUUAUCGUGUUUACGCUUGCCGUCUUUCGACAUUACUCCACUACCGCCGUCGUAAAGGCAUCAAAUCGCGAGGUCUCCAUAUUCCACCUCACUUGUCACGGUUUGCUCUUCUUGCUUCCAUUCCUUUACAUAGGUCGACCAAACGCACCAACUUGCGCAAUGCGGUUAUUAUUAUUCCCAGUUCUCUUUACGUUCAUCACGGCCAUCAUGUUCCUGAAGACUGAUCGCAUCGUCCGGAUCUUCAACUCGAAAGCGAGGCUAAGCAAACGCAGUCGGCUACUUAGCAAUAAAGUCCAAUUCGUCCUAACUCUUGUUUUAACAUCGAUACCUCUUAUUGGGACUUGUAUUUGGAUUAUCCUUCGACCGUUGAGAAUCGAUAAAGAAGCAAUAGGCGAUGUCUUUGUGGUCUAUUGUGAGAACGAGGAAUCCUGUCAGAUCGUGCAACUUUCCUACAUCCUACUUCUUGCUCUGCUCUGCACUUUCGAAGCGUUUCAUGCUCGAAAACUUCCAGAGAGUUUCAACGAAGCAAAAUUCAUCUGUUUCUCUAUGUUUGCGUUCGUUCUCUUGUGGAUGGGAUACAUACCAGUUUUUAUCGAUCAGAACGGUUCCACAAAACAGUUCCUAACUUGCCUCUUCAUAAUACUGAUCAAUCUGCUUUCGGCGUUGCUCAUCUACUUUCCCAAGUUAAACAUCAUCCUUUUCCACCCGGAGAGCAAUCGCCAUCAAUCGUUUAAGAAAACGAGCCAGAGUUCCGGCUUGAAAGAUGCGCAACAACUAUCGCCGAAGAGUACACCGAGCACGAGCCGAGAGCAAAAGACUUCUCUGGAAAUGAGCGAAGACCAGAAGACAAACAGCAUGCCAGAUAAGAAAAUUCACAAUUUUAUCUUUGGCAGCAACGAACAGCUGGUCGCUCAUCAUCUCGGUCUGCCAGAUGCUAAGCGGUCCAGCAUCCCGUACUCGAAGGAGAUGGAUAAUGUAUUUAUUACAAACCCCGCAACCAGUUUUUAAAAAUACAGCGCUUAUCGUGCACAACUCGCACGAUGGCAGGAGAUGAAAUAGUUUAGUCGUAUUUUAAAGUUCAUCUAUUCAUUAAAUCUGUAGAACUCAAAGAUAAAUAAGCUCCAGGCGUGAGAUGUUUUCUCAUAUCGAAAUAAAUAUGGAUGCUAAUUUUAUAUACAUAGGAGAACGAGCAAAGUUCGAAUUGAUUGAAUUUCAAUAAUCGACUAGACGCGUGUAAAUUCAUACGUUGAAAGAAACUGUGUAAAGUCUUUUUUUGUAAUCAUGUGAUUUUUUGAAAGUUUAUGGAAUAAGACGAACAAAUUAUUUGAUGCA